CGGCGGCCCGCCCCUAGACACCACCAGAGGCCUCACGGGAAUUGUAGUUCCGGUCCCGGCGCAGCCCGGCCCCCGCAAACCCACGCGGACUACCACUCCCGGCAUGCCUCACGGCCCGCCGGCCAAUCGCGGCGCGCUUUGUUGCGGGGGCGCGGCACGCGCGGAGGCCCCGUUCAAGAUGGCGGACGACAGUGAGACAGCAGUGAGGCGGCCACCGGCGAGGCCUUCGCGGCCGGCGGCGGAGGAGAACGACCACGAGCAUUGCAGCGAUUGCGAGAACGAGGCGGAGCAUGGCUCCAACCGGGGGGGCCUGAGUCCAGCAAAUGACAGUGGAGCCAAAAAGAAGAAAAAGAAACCCAAAAGGAAGAAAGAGAAGGGAGGAGGUGACCAGGCUGACCAGGCUCAGGACCAGCCAGUGAAGGUGAACUCUUUACCUGCUGAGAGGAUCCAGGAGAUUCAAAAAGCCAUCGAGCUCUUCUCUGUAGGUCAGGGACCUGCCAAAACCAUGGAGGAAGCCAGCAAGAGGAGCUACCAGUUCUGGGACACACAGCCAGUGCCCAAGUUAGGAGAAGUGGUGAACACCCACGGCCCAGUGGAGCCAGACAAGGACAACAUCCGCCAGGAGCCCUACACCCUGCCCCAGGGCUUCACCUGGGAUGCCCUGGACCUGGGGGAUAGAGGUGUGCUGAAGGAGCUGUACACUCUGCUCAACGAGAACUACGUGGAGGAUGAUGACAACAUGUUCCGCUUCGAUUACUCGCCCGAGUUCCUGCUGUGGGCACUGCGUCCUCCAGGCUGGCUGCCCCAGUGGCACUGUGGGGUCCGAGUGGUGUCCAGCAAGAAGCUGGUGGGAUUUAUCAGCGCCAUUCCAGCCACCAUCCACAUCUAUGACACAGAGAAGAAGAUGGUGGAGAUAAACUUCCUGUGUGUGCACAAAAAGCUGCGCUCCAAACGGGUGGCUCCGGUUCUGAUCCGUGAGAUCACCAGGAGGGUGCAUCUAGAGGGAAUCUUCCAGGCUGUUUACACUGCAGGAGUGGUGCUGCCAAAGCCUGUGGGGACUUGCAGGUACUGGCACCGCUCCCUGAACCCUCGGAAACUCAUCGAGGUCAAGUUCUCCCACCUGAGCAGGAACAUGACUAUGCAAAGAACCACGAAGCUGUACCGCCUGCCCGAGACUCCCAAGACUCCUGGCCUGCGGCCCAUGGAGCACAAGGACAUCCCUGCUGUGCACAAGCUCUUGACUGAGUACCUGAAGCAGUUCCACCUGACCCCUGUGAUGAGCAGAGAGGAGGUGGAGCACUGGUUUGUACCUCAGGAGAACAUCAUCGACACCUUCGUGGUGGAGAGUGCCCCAGGAGAGGUGACAGACUUCCUGAGCUUUUACACCCUGCCCUCCACCAUCAUGAACCACCCAACUCACAAGAGCCUGAAAGCUGCUUACUCCUUCUACAACGUCCACACCAAGACGCCUCUCAUCGACCUCAUGAGCGACGCGCUCAUCCUCGCCAAGUCGAAAGGAUUUGAUGUCUUCAAUGCACUGGAUCUCAUGGAGAACAAAACCUUCCUGGAGAAGCUGAAGUUUGGGAUCGGGGAUGGGAACCUGCAGUAUUACCUGUACAAUUGGAAAUGUCCCAGCAUGGCACCAGAGAAGGUUGGAUUGGUGCUGCAGUAAGGGAGCCCUUGCCAGGAGAGCGUGGAGGAGCCGGGCCUGAGGAGGUGCUGCCCUCAUCCUUUCUGCCAAAGCCGGAGCCACGCCAGGAGAGAGGGGCACCAGAGCCCCCCUGCUGCUGCCAGCCACCUCCUUGUUUGAUUUAACUGCAUCCUCCUAAAGACAUGAUCAAGGGAAUGUAACUGCUGAAACUAGAUCAUGAUUGGCAUAUAAUGGAUUUAACGGGUGAAUAAUAAAAGUAUAUAUUAUA